AAUUUUCUAUAUAUGUUAAAUCUCCCGAACACGCGCCAAGGAAGCGCGUUGACUGUUAGCUCUCUCUAACCAAACAUCCCACCUUACCCUUCCUCUUCAACCGAAUCCAACUAACACGCUUUCCUAAUCACCGAUUCCUCGUGAACCUCUCAUGGCUUCGGAGCAGUACGGCGGCGUUUUCGAGGUAUCUCAGGACGACGACGAGGAACCUUCUUCCUCCGAUAACGAGGUCGACGAAAACGACGACGUCCUUAACGUUAACGAAGACGUUCUGAACGAUGAAGACGACGAGGUAUUGUUAGAGGAAGAAGAAGACAUAAAUUCCCCUUCUUUACUCCCUCAACCGAUCCCUUCCCAAGUAUCCUUCGCCUCAGUCCCUGCCGUUCCUCUCGCCGUCCCCUCCGCCUCCGCCGUAACUAUCGCCGCCAUCUCGACCGACGAAUUGCCUCCUGACUCCAAACGCCAACGCGUCGAUUCUGUCGUGCCGGAGAAAAAAACUCCGCCGCCGCAGCAAUUGGACGAUUCGCGACGGUUAUUUCAACGGUUAUGGACCGACGAAGACGAGAUCGAGCUUCUCCAAGGGUUCCUCGAUUACACAAUGUUGAAAACGAGCUCAAAUCCUUCUUCUACUUCUCACCAUCACCAUCACGAUACGGCUUUGUUUUACGAUCAAAUCAAAUCGAAACUCCAGCUGGAUUUCAACAAGAAUCAAUUAGUGGAGAAGCUUCGAAGGUUGAAGAAGAAAUAUAGGAACGUGAUUAGCAAGAUCUGUUCAGGUAAAGAAUUUUCCUUCAAAAGCCCUCAUGAUCAAGCUACUUUUGAAAUUUCUAGAAGGAUCUGGAGUGAUGGUGUUAGCAAAGUAGAAGAUAAUGUCUUAGAUGAUGACGAAAAUAACAAUAAUAACAACGCUAGUUUGAUCGAUGAAAGUGGAGAGAAAAAGAAUUUGACACAGAAACCAGCAGCCACGAAGAAAAGGUCGAGAAAUAAAGGAGUGAAAAUGGAGGAAAAAAGAGAUGUAAACGAUGGAAUUGUGCAUAUAGAUAGUAACUCUAAUGAUAGGGUUAAUAAUGAUAAUGGUAAUGUAGAAGCACUUGGUGUUGGUAGCAGUGGAGGAGGAGCUAACACGGGGGUGGCCGGGGUCAUAGAGGAGACCGUGAGGAGUUGUGUAACACCCUUGUUUAAGGAGUUGUUAGGUAGUGUAAUGGUAGGAGGAUGGGGAUAUGGAGGAAGAGGGAUCAGUGGAUUGGUGAUGAAUGCAAUGCCAUUGUGUUUGGGGGGCGGUGGGGGCAAUGGGGAAUGGAUGGAUGAAAGAUGGAGAAAGCUGCAGAUAAUGGAGUUGGAAGUUUAUUCGAAACGGGUGGAGCUGGUGCAGGAUGAGAUUAAGGCGGCUUUGGAGGAGCUCCGGUCGAUGAAUGGGUGAUUUUGGAUAAGCUGAUAUAGUGUAGGGAAGUAAGUGGCUUUUGGGUUUCGGUUGAUUUGAUUGAAAUGAUGGUUCUGUUGCUUAGUUUGUUUGUUGUAGUAUUUUUUUCACAUUUGUGUACAAUAUAUGAUAUAUUCAAACAUGAGUUGGGUUGACUUGCUUAGAGGAUGUUAUGUUACGAUUAAUGUAAAGCCUUGACAGAAUGCUUUUUGGGUUUUGGAAUAAUGAGUUCUGGUUAUUUUGAAGCUGAAGCUUAUUCAACUUGAUUUGAUGUCAUGGGUAAAUGUUUGGUAGUUUCAGAGGGAAGACACUAUGGUCAAGUUGAUGUCAUGGGUAAAUGUUUGGUAGUUUCAGAGGGAAGACACUAUAGUGUGGUUUUUAUAUGAGCAUAAUAGAAAAGAAGGGCUGCAAAAUUGAAUGUUUGAUUAGGUUUCAGGCUAUUUGAUUCACAUUAUCCAUAUAUAUAAUUUCUUGGGUUAUCCCAGAUCCAAUCCAUCUAUUAUUUUGUUUGUAAAAUUAAAUGUCGAUUCCACAUACCAUGGUGAGGUGGCAAAAUCUUUGAUAUCAGUCUCGGGAUCAAAACUUCGUUUUUGAUCCUGUAACAAUUUCUACCUUUCCUUAGUAAAAAGGAAAAUGAGGAGUUCGAGCCCAAGUGAAAACCAGGCUUAUCCAAGUCAAAACAAAAAAUUAGCCCCAUAACAAGAAGUUGCAUGGUAGACAGAGAGACAGGUGCCUCACCUUAUCCAAAUCCUUCUAUUUUUUUCAAACAGGAAAAGAGCAUAUGCCCCUUCCCUUCCAUGGAUCCCUUUCAUUUCUCCUCCACCCACUGCCAAAAAUAUCACUAAACCAAGUCUGACGCCAACACCCAAAAUCAGUAAAAAUAGAAAGAGAAAUCCUCCGUUGAAAUGGCAUCUGCAACAGCAAGACUCAUUUUUCCUCUUCACCACUUAACCCAACCUUGUCCCAAGCCCAAAAAACCUAAUCUCUUUCCCUCCCAUAAACUCCUCUCCAGAAUUCCUCCCAACAUCAUCCAAACCCAUAGAAACCAAUCCCAUUUCACCGUUCGUUCCAUUGAUGUCUCAAAAGAAGACAGUCAAGAAACCCCAACUUCUGACCCAGAAAACAAACAAUCUCCAUCAGUGGAAGAAACAAGUGGGGGAGAAGAGACGAUUGACAAACGCAGGUUAGAAGAGAAGUUUGCAGUGUUGAACACAGGGAUAUAUGAGUGCAGGUCAUGUGGGUUCAAGUAUGAUGAAGCAGUGGGUGAUCCUUCCUAUCCAAUUCCACCAGGGUUUCAGUUUGAUAAGCUGCCUGAUGAUUGGAGAUGCCCUACCUGUGGGGCUGCAAAGUCUUUCUUUGAGAGUAAGAGUGUUGAGAUUGCUGGGUUUGCUCAGAAUCAGCAAUUUGGUUUAGGGGGCAAUGCUCUUACUUCUGGUCAAAAAGCCCUCUUAAUUUAUGGCAGUUUGUUCUUCUUCUUUGUGCUCUUCUUGAGUGGCUACUUUUUGCAAUAGGUAGGUAGGGUGCAUAAUAUAAAUUUCUGUAAUUUUUCUUUGCCUUAAAGGUAUAUUUUUCUGCAAAUAGGAAAA